AUGUAUUGCCAAAAGUGUCGCGCUCCAUUAAAGUUGGAUGGGUCUUUAGAAGACCUAAAUCCGGCUGCAUUCAAUCUACUUGUCGCUUCGUCUUCCCAACAGCCGAAACGACCCUCCGCAUCGCGAUUAAUAUACCCACACGAUUCCGAGAGAAGAGCAUUAUAUGAUAGAGUAUCCAAAGAUGCCGGUCCCCCUACUUUUAAGAGAGGUGGCAGUGGCUUGCGUGGCGAUGGCCAACCCCGCGAUAGCUCAGCCAUGUCCUUCGUCCUCCUUACAGAAUCUCAAGUAGCUCCCCCGAGACUCACACCUCCCAUAGAAACACCAAAUCCAAGACAACAACGUCGAAAAUCGCUUUCUACCGGCCAGCGAAACGAUGGGAGAUCCGCACAACCCCACGAAGCCGAACGUAUCAAUAAGCUCUUCGAAAUAUUAUCCGCCCGGUCCGAUAUAGAUCAUCCUAUUUGUGUCGAGUGUACAGAAAUGCUAGUAGAUGGGCUUCAGAAGAAAUUAGAAUCAGCAGCACGAGAACGAGAUGCAUACGCUGCCUUCCUCAAGCAGGUCCAGGCGGAUGUACCCGGCGAAGAGGAUAUUGCCGAAUCCGAACAAGCUCUACAGAAAGCACGCAAGGAUGAAGAAGAAUCUAUGAAGCAACUCACCGCUUUGGAGAAAGAAAAGGCCGAUCUAGAUGCUGAAAUCGCAGCACUAGAAGAGGAAUCACAAGUACUAGAUGCCGAAGAGGAACAGUUCUGGAGAGAGCGCAACGCAUUUGCAAUGAAACUCGCCGAAUUCCAAAACGAAAGAGACAGCAUCAACUCCAAAUUCGACCAUGACUCACAGCUUCUUACCAAGCUUCAGCGAGCGAAUGUCUACAACGAUACCUUCUCAAUACAUCACGAUGGUCAUUUUGCGACGAUCAACGGGCUUAGGCUUGGUAGAUUGUCAACGAAGCCCGUAGAUUGGCCGGAAAUCAACGCCGCAUGGGGACAAGCUCUAUUGCUGGUGGUCACUGUGGCUGAUAAGUUGGGAUAUAAAUUUGAUGGUUAUGAACCGUUACCUAUGGGCUCAACAUCGAAGAUCAUCCGCUAUGACUAUCCUUCACCAUCGUCUAGCCGAUUAGGUGGUCAUCGAAGCGGACCACCACCUGGACCUAAGAAGAGUGUUCUCGAGCUCUUUAGCUCAGGCGAUCUACCCUUGCAAAUGCUAUGGAACCGCAAGUUUGAUCAAGGAAUGAUAGCUUUCCUGGAGUUGGUCAGGCAACUUGGAGCCUUUGUACAUCAACAAACAGAAUCAGGUAACAACCAAGUUGGAUACCCGCUCCACCAACUAGCGCUCCCCUACAAAAUUGAAGGGGACAAGAUCGGAGACGACAGGAUAGGACAUUAUAGCAUCAAAUUGGGGAUGAACAACGACGAGAGUUGGACGAAGGCAUGCAAAUUCGCUCUCACCUGCUGCAAGUUCCUGAUUGCGCAUGCAAGCAAUGUUAGCCAUGUAGCAGCAAAUGGGCGCUAA